UAAAACUGAAAGUAUUAUUCAAAUUUAACUGGUUAAAAAGUGCAAUUGGUUUUCGUACUCACUAAAUCACUAAAAAUUGGAUAAAAGUGCAAAUCAAACAGUCUACUGGGAUGGAAUCUGAUGAUAGCUGCGAAAUAGCCUCGGUACUUACAAGAGCAGAUACCAAGUCUGAUUUAUCUGAUAAUCAGACCAUUGAUUGGAGUAAUCAUCAAAAUCUAAGGAAAGAAAACUAUACAAGUUGUGAUGGUUGCCUAUCAAAUGUAGAAGUAUUAUCAGAUAGUUGUUCGAACAAACAAUUUCACACUUUUUCAUCAAAGCUAAGAGAGCAAGGAAAGAAGAUUAAACUCCUGGAACAAGAGCGAAUCGGCUUUUUGGAACAAAUAGCCAAUCUCUGUUCAUCUUUAGAAAAAAAACAACAAGAGUUGGUUGAUGUUUUGAAACUUUCGGAAGAGAAAGCAAAAUACCAUGCUCAUUACAUGACUGAGGUUAGCAGUCUACUAGCCGAACUGAAAACACUAUUUUCAGAGCAUUCAAACUGUUUUAAUCCAGGAAAUCAGGCUUUAAUAGAUCAGGGUGAAUUUGGGAAUAAGAAUGGAGUUUCAAAUAGUACCGAUACUGAAAACGUACAAUUGAGUUCCACUAUUGGUUCAGUGGAAGGCGCUUGCUGUUCAGAAUCUCAGCAAGAUCAUCGUGGCCGCGCUCUGAUUAAUGAACUAUCUGCUACAGUAAGUGCUGUCAAAAAUAUGAACAGCAAAAAAUUGAUAAAACACGACCCUUCUCCACAAACCCCACAUAUAUUUGAUACGUUAUCAUCCAAACCUUUAAAUAAUUCUGAUCGAAAUCCUAUUAAAAAAUCUAUAAAUCAGUUGCCUAAUAAAUUAAUUCAGCACACUCAGGUGACAAAAAAUCCUAUAGCUUCAGAUGUUUGCAUAUUACCAUCAUUUUGUUGGAACACUGACCAUGUUCUAUACUGGUUACGUGAAUAUGUUUGCCUACCUGGUGGAUGUUUGGAAGCUGCUAGUCGACUUCGUUUAGAUGGUAAACAAUUAACAAGUGUAUUCGACAGAAAAAUUGAAAAACAGUUACAUCUUAAUGAUGAAGGAUUAAGAAAAAAAUUUUUUACAGCUCUCGAAGAUUUACGAAUACAUGGACCGCCUGGUAUAUCACGGCAUCCAGGACCAAGCCAUAUAAGCUAUCAAUGGAUUUGUGAUAUUUGGUUAAAACAUCAUUUAGGUCUUGUACAACUAAUUCCUAUGUUUUCAAUAAGACGUGUAGAUGGUCGAAUGUUGUCUAGUUUAAUUACCUACAAACGUCUAAAACAUUCUAUCCAGCAUAAAAAUAGACGAAAAAGUAAAGAUAAUCAUAAUAAUGACAACGAUAAUAAUUGCUGUGAUAUAAUAAUUUCUAAUCCCAAUGAUGAUAUUCCUCUUUCGAAUUAUUCACAACAGAAUCUUAUCAAUUUGAAAACUAAUCAAAUUAAUGGUAGUAGUAAUAAUAGUAAUGAUAAUAUUAGCAAUCAUUCAAGUGUUAAAAGUAUUUCGUCUGUAUCUUCUACAAGCAGCAUAACGAACGCUGUUCAAGAUUCCUGCAGUCAUAGUAAUAACAAUAAUAAGUAUGAUAAUGGUAAUGAAUAUAUGGAACGUAAUUGGCAAGUUGCUGGACGUAAAGAAAUGUUACAUAUUUUAUUAGGUCUGUCGCAUACAUCAUCAUCAUCAUCGUCGAGUAGUGGUGCAGAUUUAUCUGUAGAUUCGAGAUAUUUACUUGGCAAAAAAGAGGCUGAAAGUUUACGUACUGCUAUUGAAUUAUUACAUCAUCAUAAUUUCAAUAUAGAGUUGAUAGAACAAAUUCGUGCUAAAUCUGAUCUUUCCGAAUUAGAUCUUUUGUAUUGGACAAAUGAUCAUAUUGUUAAGUGGUUAUCUGAUUUAGGUUUAAGUGAUUUUGUGCACGGAAUUGAUGCAAGUGGUUUACAUGGUGCAUAUAUGGUACUUGAUUCAACGUUCGAUUUUAAUACAUUGAUUAAACGUUUGCAUAUACCAUUGAAUGUUGCAGUUUUGUGUAAACUAGAGGAGAAUUUACAACGAAUAUUGAAACCAGCUAGAGCUCGUGAAGGUAUAUCCACCAAACAGCACAGAAUUUUUCGUCGACGUAGUGUUAGUCGGCUAAGCUGUACAAAUGGUAUAAUGCAACGUAGUAUUACAUCAACUAAUGCAAUCAAUGGAAGUUGUUUAUCGUUGAUAAAUUCAUCGGAAUCUCAAACCAAAUCAUCUACGGAUAAUAAUAGUAAUAAGCAUGUAAAAAUGAAUGGAAACGUAUUUAAUAUGAAUGAAAACAAAAAUACUAAAACUGAUGUUAUUCGCGAUGCUGAAUCAUUGAAUUUAACCAUUAAGGAUAUCGAUUUAACACUGAAUAAUCCAAUUGGAUUGACACCGAGACGCGAGAAACGUCGAAUUCUAACAGUUACCGGUGAUUUAAUGAAUUCUAAUCGUUUAACACGUGUAUUUACACGUGGUCAUAAGACAUCAGUAGAUGUUACUGAACAGUCAAAUAAAUUACUACCAAAUACACAAGUAUCCAAACAAUUAUCAGUAAUGAGAUUGAAUAUUAAUAAUAAUGGCAUUAAUGUUAACAGCUCCAAUGAUAAUUCAGAUUGGUCAUCUGAUAUUGAAGAUAAGUCAAGUACUUUAGUAAGAAAAACAUCUGAGAAAAGUUCAGACAAUUCUUCUACAUUAAAACGAUUAAAUUCAUUAGAUUGUAGAAAAACUACUCCACCUAGACAAGUUGUUCAGGUUAGUUUUUUAUUAUUCAAGAUAAUAAUAUUAUUGUUGUUAACAUAUUUUCGUCGUUAUUUCUUUAUAUCAACAUUUUGGCCUUAAGUAUCAUAUUUACAUUAAGUAUAAAUGUUUAUAGACUGAAAUUUGAGGAGUUAACAAAUUCCAUAAAAUAAUUACUUCUGAAGUAAAAUUCAACUUAAAAUCCUUGAGAUAUCAUCAAAUAGGUGUUAAUAUCCGAUCCUUAGAAUGAAAUAUAUUGUUGUACAUUUCUAUAUUUUUAUUUAAUUCACAAUAUUGAUCUAAUAUUAAUAAUGUGUAUCCAAUUCUUAUCGGCCUAAUCUAUUUGUGGACAGUCGUCGUCAUUGUUUGUGAGUAUGUAUGAGACGUUUCAAACCAGAGUGCACCAAUCACUAUAUUGUUUUCUCAGUAUUUUUUGUAUACAAGCAUUGUUAGUUCUAAUAAAAAUUUUGGUUCUAUCUUAUCAAGUUUUCUAGCAUCACGUGAAAUUCACUUCUUUAGAAUAAAACUUUGACUAUUUUCAAAAUAUAUGGGUAUUUUUAUCCAUAAAACCAUUCCCUAGAAAUUCUCUCGGUUACUCUUGUACAUUUAUUUUAUUUGCUGUUUAUUGUGAUUGUAUAUGCAAAAGAUUUAAGAAACAAACAGUGCUCCUAAUAAGGAAUGUUUGAUUAGAAAGAAACCUAUCAAAUAAAGGUCUUCAAUUUUUCUAGAGUUUUGAAACACUAUCCACUAUACAUACACUAUACGUACCGAGAAUGUUUGCUCGAAUUAUUUUCUUAUCCUAAUUUGUAUUUCUCUGUUUAUAACUCCUCUUCCUCUCUUAUCUUUCUGUUAACUUCAUAUUUCCAGUAAACUCAUGUUUACUUGUCUACUAUUUUUGUAUUUUAGUUAAAGAACAUCAUGGAAUCUACUCAUUAACAUUUGCCUUAUUUCUCUAUCAUUUCAUAACGGUGAUUCUGCAUUUACUUCGUAUUAAGAAAAAUAUUUUCAUAAUUUAGUACCACAGAUAUUGUUACGUCACUACAUAAUUUCUCACCUAACUUCAAAAUACCGGCUUCGAUGAUUAUUCAUAAAUCACCAAGCCUUCUGGGUAGAUAAUAUAUGUGUUAAUACAUUCGAACUGGGUUGAUUUUUAGUCAAGACAAUCAAACGUAUUCGUAAUACUUUCUUCCUUUGAAUUUAUUUUAACAAAUAAUCUUGAAAUGUGCAGUAUGUUAACGCAGUGCAACUUGUUACCAGUUCUUCAAGUUCGUGACAUUGCCUAAUGUUCUAAACUUGUCAAAAUUUUCUGAAAAUAACUAGCCCAUUUUAUUAAAUUUUAAUGAAUAGGGAGUAUCGCUUUUAAUUUUUUUAGGAGUAAUAAAAAAAGGAUCUUUUUUAUUUUCUCUGAGAU